AAACAUGCCUUUCUUUUCCUUUACAAAGUGCGCAGGGUGCAGGGGCGGACUGACCAUUUGGAGACUCGGGCACUACCCGAGGGCCCGGGGUCAGUAGGGGGCCCCAUGAGAUGCGCCUGGUACCUUUUUCAUAGGCUUGAGUUUGGGCAAGGAUACAGGGGCCCCAUGAUCGCCUAUUGCCCGGGGGCCCCAUGAGUUGUCAGUCCGCCCCUGGCAGGUGCCCUUUAGUGCUGCCUAUCAGUGCCCAUCAGUGCCGCCUAUCAGUGCCCAUCAGUGCUGCCUCAUCAACGCACAU